AUGGGCUGGUGGAAGAAGACGUGCCUGGUAAAGCUGGUGCGCCGAAGACAUGACGGGUUUCUGCACGAGGCGUUGUGUUCGUGGAGGGAUGAGACGAGGGACGCCGCGACCCUGGAGAUGGUGGAGAGGGUAGUCACCAGAAACGCGCGCCGGAAGUUACUGCAAACAACCCUCAGAGCGUGGUCAGAAGGGGCGAGACGCCGCCGCCGCUUCGCCGCAACGUUCUGGCGGGCGGCGCGGGCGGUGAGGAGCCUCGAGAAGCGGCAGCAGCAUGGGGCGUUCUUGGCGUGGAGAGUCGCGGCCGUGAACGAAACGAGGAGAGCCGCUGACAUAUCGGGCGCUUGCGCGAGGUUGAGGGCCGUCCGGAAGCGACCAGGACGGCUGCAACUGGCCAGCGCCUUCAGCAUCUGGGCCAGGCUCUCCGCCGCUUCCUCCCACUCGGAUCGCCACGCCGAGAUCGCCGCGUGCACGAAGCGCCAAAGAGCCGUCCGAACCUGCUUUUCCACUCUAAGGUCCAACGCCUCGCUGCGCCGAAGGGCUCGCCGGGCCCUGUUCUCCCUCGACCGGCGCUGCAGCCUGCGCCAGCUGGCGAGGGGCUGGGGCGCCAUGCUCAGGGCGGCGGCGACGGCUUCCGCGGAGAGGCGGUCCGGCUUGAGGCUUAGCAGGGCGGAGGCGGCCGUGGCGGCGGGAAGGCUGGCGACGAGGACGAGGGCGCACCGAACGGCCCGGAGGCUGCUCGGGGUGGCGAGAGGUCGCGCCGCCCUCGAGGCGUUCGUGGCGUGGAGGGGGCUCGUGAGGGAGGGCAGGGGCGCGCGCUUGGGAGCGGCGGCGCUGGCGGGAAGGUCCAGACGGCGGCGGUUGCAUGAAGUCUUCGGCAGCUGGCGAGGAGAAGCUCUCGCCUCGUCUAGGCUCCGAUCGCGCGCUCUCUCCCGCAUCUCCCAGGCGGCCCAGAGUCUCGUAUCGGAGGCGUUUUCGACGUGGAGGGAAGGGUCCCGGCAGGCUCACGGCAAGGCCAAGGCGCUGACGGCGCUGGCGAGGGCUUCCGACCGGAGGCAGUCCGACAGAGCGGAGAUGCGGCUGGCGCUGAGGACGUGGAGACGGAACGCUUGCGGCGGUGAUGGUGACGGUGGUGGCGGGCGUGGUGGCGACGGAGAACCGAGGGGCGGUGGGAUGGCGGAUGGCUUGGAAGCGAUGGCGGGGGCGUUCGUGGAAGCGGCGGCCGCUUUUUCGACGGCUUCUUCGAUCCCGGAAGUGUUCACGCUCGUGGAAGAUUUCGUUUCGGAGGUGGCUGUUUCAUCGCGGGGGCGUUUGCUCCUGCUGAAUGGCGAGCCCGGGGGUGGCAUGUUUUGCCUCGAGUCCGACCGGCGGGCACCGCCCGACCAAGACCCUUUGGAGGCGUCGUUUCCCAUCGGCAACGGACUCGUCGCUCGGUGCGUCGCGACCGGCCUCGCCUUCCAAACGAGGCGUGGCGGAAACGGGAGCACUGGUGGCGCAUCUCCCCCCCGCUCGUCCCGCCGUCUCUACAGCACCAGCGGAGCGCUCGAUGUCGCUCUGGCGGGUCCCGCGGACCUCCACGCCCUCCCGCCGCAGGAGAGGGGUUACGGGUUCGUGUCGAAGUCGCCUCCGCCGGGAGGGGGCGGGCGAUGGUGGAGCGAGUCCGAGUCUCCGUCUCCGAGGCGGCGGCGGCGGCAGCGGCAGCGGUCUCCUUCUCCCGCAUGGAGAGAGCAGCAGCACAGAGGGGAUGAGGGUCAUCGGCCACCGGACAAGGGCUUCUCCGGCAGAGAGAUGGCUGCCCUCGCUGUUGUGGCCGGACAGGCGGCCGCGGCACUUCGGCGAGUAGGAGCCGCAGCGAGCGAGAGAGAGGAGGUAUUGGAGGAGCUGGACGCGGCGGCAGCGGACAGGGUCGACGAGACACAGAAACGGGAGGAGGCGGUCAAGGAAGAGAUGAAGCACCUGCGCGAGGCUAUGGAACACGUAUCGGGGAGCGCAAAGGGACUCGCGAGACAGAGAGAUGAAGCUCGGGCCGCGCUGGCAAGGGCUAAGGGAACACUACGGCGCAUGGUACCGGCCCUCCGAGAAGCCCGCGACCGGCAGCUUGGGUUCCGGCACUACCACGACCUAAUCGUCAACAUGUCGAAGAACGUUCUGCAGGAUGGCGAUGGGGCCAACCCGGAAGCCGACGAUGAGCGAGGCCGGAAGGGUGGCGUUGCCCCGACUCCAUGUCACGCCGACCGUGGCGGGGGUGGCAACGGCAUCCACCGGUGUUGUCGUGACGCUAGUGUCGGCAGUCAUACCCGCCAUAACAACAACGGCAGCAUCGGUGAAGACAUGGGUACAAGAGGCAAUAGCCCGGGGGCUACAAGCACUAUCGCUAUUUUUGGUAGCGAGGGUGGUGGCGUUUCUGGAAUCCCAGGCAGACAAGGCCCAAGGCUUGCCGCUGGUGGUGGAAGUGCUCCCCUCAGCGAAUGUGGGUUCAAGGUAUCACCUUCUUCUCCCAGGGAUAAGGCGGCGGCAGCAGUGUCAUUUGCUCGAAGUGGAGACGACGGGGGUGGGGACAGAUUUGGCCCAGAAAUUUUGACCGUUUUGCGGGAGACUGCGGCAGCCGGAGGCGGGUCGAGGGUGGGGGUGGGGGCGGGCACGCUGAUGCGGGAUAGGGGUAGAUCUCGAGGGCGGCAACAGCGGACGUAG